AUGGAAUACGAUACCAAGACCCCCAAGUCCGUUACUAGCGACCCUGCGUCGUUUGCCCACGACUCCGUGCGAAACCGCUGGCCGGUUAUCCUGACCGGCGCUGUUGACGACGUCCACCGCACCGUCGCCCAGACCGACCAUCCUGAGAAGCAGGCGGAGGGCAAGAAGAUUAUUGAACAGCUUGGCAACCUCAAGUACGAGGUUUUGCACGACUGCAAGCUCACUCCCAUCGUGGAUGAUGGCUACCCCGAGGAGAUUGCUCGUUACAACAAGGAGAUUGAGCAAUUGGGCAACCCGACAUGGUUAGACGUCCCUUGGCUCUUCUCCGAAUGCUACAUGUACAGACGCAUUAGCACCUUCUUUAGCCUCACCAAGCACUGGAAGAACUAUGACAUUUUCGCCCGCCAGAAGAUGGAAACCUUCCGCACUUCUCGCAAUGCUGUUGUCGAGCUGGCUUCUCGAUACAAGGAGUUUGUGACCCACCUUCGCGCCAACAAGGACUCUACCCACAACGAGGAGGCUGAGAAGCUACUCUUCACUGAGAUGUUCGAGAUCUGCCUCUGGGGCAAUGCCACCGACCUGUCCUUGCUCACUAACCUCACUUAUGAGGAUAUCCAAAAGCUCCAAGGAAGCGAGGCUCGCAAGGCCGCUGGGAAGAACAUUCUGAUCAACGAUCUACCUGAGGCUUACGCCACCCUCAAGAAGGCUCGCGAUGAGGGCAAGAAGGAGCGCUGUGUUGACUUUGUCCUUGACAACUCCGGCUUCGAGCUCUACGUUGAUCUUGUCUUGGCUGGAUUCCUCCUUACAUCUGGUCUAGCUACCCAGAUUGUCCUCCGCCCUAAGUCCAUCCCCUGGUUCGUCUCUGACGUCCUUCCUGGUGAUUUCCCUCUCCUCCUUAACGCUAUUUCCAACCCUAAGAAGUUCUUUGAGACCCUAUCCGAGGAUAAGAAGCUGCAAGACAAGACUCCUGCUCCCUUGUCUGACAAGGAGACUGAGGACCUCCUCUUUGUCUUCCAGGAGUGGGCUAGCCUGCAUGCUGAGGGUCAGCUGAUUAUGCGACCCAACCGCUACUGGACCGCUGGUGGCAGUUUCUGGCGUCUGCCUGCUGAAGCUCCUGAGCUGCACGAAGACAUGAAAGGCGCUGAGCUUACCAUUUUCAAGGGUGAUCUCAACUACCGAAAACUCACUGGUGAUGCCCACUGGGAUGCCACCACCCCAUGGAUCACUGCCCUCGGCCCUAUGGGUCCCGGUUCUGGCGUCAACGUCCUAUCUCUGCGAACCUGCAAGGCAGAUGUUAUUGUCGGUCUUCCUGCUGGCAAGGACGAAGAAUUGAAGGCUACCGGGGGUGGCGGUGGUGACACUGGUGCCAGGCGAUGGGGCUGGCACGGCAAAUGGGCUGUUGUUUGCCUUUCCAAGGGCUCAUAG